AUAAAGUUGGCUUUUCUCUCUAAGGAAAAAUUGCGGAAAACGGAAAAAAUUUGUCUGCUAUCUCAAAAAGAAAAAUUUUUCUAAAAUAAAAAAAAUCAAAUUUCUUUAAAGAAAAAGUUUUGCUGUGAGAGAAAUUUUGUUUUAAAAACUUGUCUGCCUGUCUAUUUGUCUGUCUACCCACAUUUUCAUGAAAAAGAAGGAAUUUUCCCUUCCCUUAAACCAGUUUGAACUACCCAAAUAAAAAAGUAAAAGAAUUUUAUAGAGAAAGCCAAGCAAUCGAGCAAGGAACUGUGUGUGACACCAACUGAACAAAGAAAAAAAAGAAGCAAAGAAACAAAAAAAAAAAGGAAAAAUAAAAUACGAAACAAAUUCAAAUCCAAUUGAAUCGGGUGUGUGGUGUUUUUCUUUUCUAUACUCGCAUCACGUAUCACAUAGCGACCCCACAACCACCGUUUGGGCAGAAGGCAAGAAGCAAAGAAAUAAGAAACUCCUUGGUGUCCUGUUUGCGUGUUUGAGUGUGUGUGUGUGUGUGAAUUUAUGAAUUUUGAGAGAGUGUGCAGAGAGUGAUUUGCCGCAGUUGUAGCAGUGCGCAUUUGAUUGUCGUCCUCCUCGCCGCCAUCGCCACCGUUAUUGGAGUUGUGUUAAGAACAUUUUUGUUCUUUCAACGUAGUCUGAGUAUACACACGGAUACAAUCCUCCCCAAAGGAUACCAAUAAACCCCCUCGCUACUACUAACAACCGCCCCCCCACCUCUUCUCAAGCGAAAUACGAGCUGAAGAAGAAGCAGCAGUAGUCUCAUAAUAUAUGUGUCACUGUGCUCCAUUGAAAUUUGUGCCGCUGUAGUAGAACACAAAAAAGAAGCGUAACUCCACAGCCGGACAAAGGGACACACACACAGAGGUGUCCUCAGCUGAAAUCGAAUCAACGCGUUUCUGUGCCGCCUCACUGUUGAAUCCCUGCUAGAGCCGGAGACAAGUUAGCGACAGCUGAACAGCAACAGAGCGAGUGCUGUGUCAGCCCUCUUCCGCAGUCGGUCAAUAUAAGUGCAAUAGCAACUGCUGGGUGCGGGCGAAUUUGUGCCCCACCUCCGAUUCAGCUCGGGGGAUUUAUCUUCCGAGGCUGAUGAUAUCGACCCCAAUGAUUUGCCACCGGCAGCGCGUCCCAUCCAGGAACAGCCAACGAAACCACCGACAGCGGUUUCGUCGGGUGGCCCACCUAACAUGCCACCACCGCCGGCACCGGGCACCGCCAACAUACCGCCACAACCGACGGGCAAUGCACCAGACUUCUCGUUAAGUUUUGGCAAGACAACAGCCAACAAUCCAACGGCCACCGCAGCUCCGCCCCGUGGCGUUAGUGCGCCCACUAGUCCGGCUAAAUCGCGUGAAAGUCUGUUGCAACGUGUUCAAAGCUUAACGGGAGCCGCACGAGAUCAAGGCGCUUCAAUUUUGGGUGCUGCGGUACAAAGUGCUACCCGUGCUCCGGCCUUCAAUAAGGAUAAAUACUUUACGCUAUUGGUGCUCGAUGAUCACAAUACGGAUUGGUCGAAAUAUUUCCGGGGAAAACGUUUGCAUGGCGAUUAUGAUAUACGCGUGGAACAGGCGGAAUUCAGGGACAUAACCCUACAUGCCAGUGCAGAAUCUGGUCCAGUGGUAACAAUGGAGGUACAUCGUGGUGAUUCGAGGAUUCCACGCAUGUUCCGACCAGAUUUUGUUCUCAUACGCCAGCCACCACGCGAUGGAGCCAAUGAUUAUCGUUCAACAAUUUUGGGCUUAAAAUACGGCGGUGUUCCCAGCAUUAAUUCAUUGCAUUCGAUUUACCAAUUUCAGGAUAAACCAUGGGUAUUUGCCCAUUUGCAGCAGCUGCAACGCCGUUUGGGUAAAGAGAAUUUCCCCUUGAUCGAGCAGACAUUCUUCCCUUCACCAAAGUAUCUGCUUAAUUGGACCAAGUUCCCCUGUGUACUAAAGGCUGGCCAUUGUCAUGGCGGCAUGGCUACGGCCCGCUUUGAUAACCAAAUGGGUCUACAAGACGCUGCCGGUCUGGUGUCUGGCACUGGUUUUGAAGGACAUUGUUACUGUACAAUUGAACCGUACAUCGAUGCGAAAUUCGAUGUUCACAUCCAAAAGAUUGGCAGCAAUUAUAAGGCUUUCAUGCGUAAAUCCAUUACCGGCAAUUGGAAAACAAAUCAAGGUUCAGCUAUGCUGGAACAAAUUACCCUAACAGAGAAGUAUAAGACAUGGGUGGAUGAGAUCUCCGAACUAUUCGGUGGCAUGGAAGUGUGUGGUGUAUCUGUGGUGGUGGGAAAAGAUGGUCGUGAACACAUUAUUAAGGCUUCGGAUAGUACUUUUGCUCUGAUGGGUGACUCCCAGGAGGAUGAUCGAAGACAAAUUGCUGAUUUGGUUACUUCUCGUAUGCAGAAUGUCUGUCGCCCUGGCAUGAAUCAACAGCAAUCUGUUGGUGGCCACCACAGCAAACUUCCAUCGGUAUCAUCUCGUGGCCAAAGCCCCACUGAUGAAAUCGGUCAUCCACCAACCGCUCCCACUGGCCCUCGUCCAGCUCCCAUGGGUGGACCACCACCCAUACCGGAACGCACUUCACCAGCUGUGGGUUCCAUUGGACGGCUUAGUAGCCGCAGCAGCAUUUCGGAAGUACCCGAAGAAGCUCCACCCUCAGCUGGCAGCGUUCCACGACGUGACUCUCAGACAUCGCAGGCUUCGAGCAUAUCCUCGGCCUCCAGGACCCAACAACGUCCUCCGCAAACCCAGACCUCGGUGGUCGAGGAUGCGGAGGACACCAUGAAGAACUUGAGGAAGACCUUUGCGGGCAUAUUUGGUGACAUGUAGGAAUUAGCGAACAAAAAACGCGGAAGAACGGCGAGCGAGUCGGCCAAUGGUAUCGGUGGUGGUAUCAGCAGCAGCAGCGGCGGUGGCGACAGCGGUCGCGGUAGUGUGGCUGGCAUUAAUGUCAGCGGCAUUACAAGUGCCGGCAGCUCGUUUUUGGGUAAGCAAUUUUCAUUCGCCUCGGGUAAGACCAGUGCCUCGACAUCUUCAGGACUUGGCGAUUCGGUGAUCUCCGCCCAGCCACAGCCGAAGACAUCUGAGGGGGCUGCCGAUGCCCGUUCGGACACUUCGUCCACCUCAACACUGACCGCCGGCAGUGUCAGUUCGAGCAGCAAACCCGCUUCCAGCGUUUUAGAUGAAUCCAAAUACAAACCGGUCACCAACUUUGAGCCACAGGAACGUGUCAAUCCCUUCGACAAGGGAGCGGUAAAGGCCAGUACCACCACAGCAACACUGGCUAGCACAUCUUCCACCACAUCAUCAUCGUCGAUAUCGGCCUCAUCGAUUUCAUCGCGCAUCAAUGUUCGCACCGAUAGCAACUUCAAGUCGCCACCACCACCCUCGAGGCCACCGCCUCCACCACCACAGCAGGCAGCCUCAGUGGCCACCAACUCCAGUCACACCUAUCACAGUUCGACGGCCUCCAACAAGGAUAAGUCCAGCUACAUUUAUGGCAGCUCAACCUCCAUUGAGACCAUAACACGCAUGGACACAACCAAUACCGCUAGCAACAGUAAUCCCACAGCCACCACAAGUCUGGGACAAAGUAGCCAAAAUACAGGCAAUACAAAGAUAAGGAAUAUUACAGAUACCACGACCGGAGGUAUGGGAGGAGUCCUUAACAAUACCACCGCUGCGGCUGGCAAUGAAUGGACAACGGGACGCAGCACAGCGGCAUCGGUAUUGGGAACUCGAUCAGCCAGCGUUUACAGUGCUCCCGCUGUGGUUAGCACUGCACCUGCUGCCACCGAGGAUGCCCAAUCUACAGCUGCAGCAUCGAAUGGUUACAAUGCUGCCACCGACAUGCCUUCCUACACUAGGCCCUCAUAUUCACGCUCCGAAAACAAUGGUUCACAGAGUAAAGUUUCCGAUUUGGAUAUAAUAUUCGGAGAUAGCAGUAAUAUGCCACCCUACACAGGGGUUGGAGGUGGUGGUAAAUUUUCACGUUCUGGCGGCUCGCUGUCCGAUGCGGAAUUGAUUUUCGGCACAUCCUCAUCAACGGCCAGUUAUAAAACCGAUCGUUUUGGUUCCUCCAAGAGUAUGAGUGUAACAUCGGAUCGCCAUUCUAGUGGUGGAGGUGGUGGACCGGCACCCUAUAAAAUCUAUGAGGGUAUACAGAAUGCCGGCUUCAGUGAUUAUGGCGAUGCCAAAAAGUCAAUGGGCAGUACCAGCAGUGUGAACACUUCAUCAUAUUCCAGCUGGAGAAAUACCAAAAAUCAGGAUACCGAUGAUGAUGAUUUAGAUUUAAAAUAAAUUUCUCCCCCCAGAAGAAGAAAACUCUGCAACAACAACAACAACACGAAUAUAGUUAAACCUCAAGCAGUUAAUUAGAGUUAGUGUUAAACAAAUACCACCACCAUUAACCACCAUAAAAAUGAAUGUGAAAGUGAAAAAUUUUGUUGAUUUGCUGAAUGGGCAAACUGGAAUGCCGAAACAUAACCUCAAACGAAAAACCAAAAUAAAAAUGAAGGCAUCUAUGUUAUGUGCUUUGGUCCUACUGCUCCUAUUUGCUGCUACUGGUAAACCUAGAUAUCGCCUCUAAAGUUUCCUGGUUUCAUACAAAGAAAAUCCCCACAUUUCAUUACACAACUAUAACAACAACAACUUACCCAGAAAAUGGCGGCAAACAAAACUACACUCUCAUACAACUCUGUGUUUCUUUUAGGGUUAUAGGUUAAUUGUUCUUAUUAUGUUUGAGUUAGAGCAACUUGCUGUGCACUCGCGCUCUCUCUCUUUCUCUUUUGCAAUUGCAAGCGAAUAAUUGUUAUAUGAUCACCAAGUAAAACAAAAAUAAUUAAUUAAUUGUUGAAAUUUAGUUCUAUAAAAAAUCAGCAGAUAUCAUUGAUAAAGAGAGAAUACAGGAUCCCCUCUCUUUCUUUCUCUCUCUGGAAGAUCUUUGAUAGCAAAUCAAACGCACGCACUCGCAGCACGCAUUUCACAAUGGCGCACAAUUCAAAUGAGACAACAAAAAGAAGUGGAAAUACAUACAAACAUAUACAUACAUAGACAAAUUUCAUAGCUUAAUUGUUUUUGUUUAAACAAAAAAAUCCAAACAAUACUACUUAUCUCAAUUUGUUUUCCUCCCUAAAAUUCGUUUAAGACAAAUGUUGAAUUAUAUUUAAAAUAAAAAAUAUUCCAAAGAAAAGUUAAAAUAAAAUGGAUUUAUACAUAUACAUUAUAUACAUUGAUACAAUACAAAUAUUAUAUACAUAUUAACUUAUAUAUAUACUAAACAAAACAAAAACAAACAUUAUACAUACAUAUACAAAUAAACAAAUGAAUUAAUUAAAUACUCCAACAUGAGACACUAUAUGAAAAUACAAUGACAAUAUUAUGCAAAAGGAUGCUAACAAAGAGGAUACUCCAAAAAGAUAAAAGAAACAACAAAUAAAAGAGAUUUAAUGAAAAAAUACAAAAAUUAAGAAAAUACUCUAUAACAAAAGGCAAAUUGAUAAGGUUAAUGCAAAAAGCAAAAGAACGUUAAUGAACGCAAAACAAUGGAAAACACAAACAAAACAAUGUUAUUAUUCCACAAAACAAAACUCAUAAAAUUAAAUAAUUUUAUUUCAAAAAAAAAUAUAUAUAUGAAAUAUAUUAACAAAAAUUAUAACUCAAAGCCAUAUUCAUAUUCAUAAUAAGUUAUAAAUUUAAAUGUUUACAUGGAAACAAACAAACAAACACUCACAUUAUGUUCACACGGCUCAAUAAUUGGGGUCCUUCUAUAGAGAAGUCGAGCAGGUAUAAUUUUCCUACAACAGAAGGAGAGAUAACAAUAAUGGAAUAUCCUCAAUGUAUAGAAGACCUAGAAAGGUCUCGGUAUAAAAAACCUACAAAAAUAUGUUUAUCAUUGGAAUAUUUUCUGCCAUAUUUCUAAAAGACCUGUAUAAGGCCGUCUACAUUAACGAACGAACGAACCACGAUAUAUAAAAGACCAAGAAAGGCCUCGGUAUAAAAGACCUACAAAAAUAUGUUUACCAUCAGAAUAUUUUCAGCUGUAUUUCGAAAGACCUGUACCUCUACAUUAACGAACGAGAUUUUGAAGUCUAUAAAAAACAUUUAAGGCCUUCUCAUAUUGAAGAUCUAUAGAAGGACUUCAGUCUAUUCAAGGACUGUAAAAGGUCCACUACCUCUACAAAAUCUACAGUUAUUUAAAGUCGUGCUGGGUGAGAUAAAAAACUGCAACAAAAUCAAACGCUUUAAUAUUUAUUUUUUUUUUUUUUUUAAAUUUUAUUGAAUGAAAGCAAAAAAUGUCGGUAGUAGCAUCAAAUUUUAGAAUAACUUUAGAUUUGUUCGAAUUGGUCACCUUUGGCACGAAUUAUGGCCUUCAAACGACCAAUGAAACCAUUACACGCUGCCCAAAUGUUGCUCUGCCCAUAUUUUGGCCCAUUCCCGGUGAAGCGCUUGCUUGAGGUGAUCGACACAUUGAUAUUUUUUAGUGCUAACUUUGCUUUCCAAAAUACUCCAGACACAAUAGUCUAACGGAUUGGUAUCCGGAAAUUUUGGUGGACAUUGUGUGCUGGAAAUUAAGAGAGGAACCUCAUUUGUAACCACAUUCUUAGGUGUUGCGUGCGAAGUGCAAUGGUGCUGAGUCCUGUUGGAAUGUCCAGAAUAUUUUCGCGAUAAUAUUCGGUAUUUAUUCUGAUGACACGGUCGAUUAAUACGAGCAGAAAGCGACCAUCGGCUGUUAUGGCGGCCCACACCAUCACCAUGGCCGGCGCUUGACUUCUGGUGGCCAACCGAACACGAUAAUUUUGUUUGUUUUCUCAUCGGAGAAAACCAAAUUCGGCAGUUCACAACUUUCGCCCAAGCGAAGCAACUCUUUAGCUCUUUUGAGUCCAUUUUCUUUCUGUUGAGGUGUAAGUUCUUGCACUUUUUGGAAUUUCAAUGGCUUUACCACCGAACUCAUUUUUCAAUAUUUGCCGAAUGGCCGAAUAUUGCAUAAAUGUUCAGCUCUUGAGCCAUUUUUCGGGCACUGCGACGCGUGUUUCGAUCAAGUCGCUUCUUUCCAUUUCUGCUGAUGAUGCUGAUUUCCUCCUUCCUCUUCCUUCACGUCGGGCUACGCUACCAGUAUCCCGGUAACGAGCGAUGGUACGAGAAACAAACGAUUCUUCUAGAACCCGGAGAAGGAGUGGGUAAAUCAAAGAGUACUAAUGGUCACAAACUUUUUCUGGUUGAUGUUACAUCUGCCUAGAAUGCUGUACACAAAUUUUCCGAAUUUAAAAACAAUUACCACAUAAAAACUAUGGGUCUUGUAGAUAUAGAAGAGACUUUUUGGCUUAGUUACUUUAUAUACUUCAGGACAUGGACAACCUUCUACAGACUUCCAGACACAGGAGUGCUUUAAUAGGUCUUCUAUAUGGACCCUCUAGAGAUUUUUAGAUAUCGAGGGUUUAUACAAACAAAAUGCUUGCUAAGGUCACAUAGACAUGGAAGCCUCUUAGUGGGGUCCGCUGAAGACCUUUAAGACAUAAAAGUAUUUUUCUCCUGAUUGGUCAAUAAACAUAGAAAAUCUCCUAUAGGUUUUCCAGACAUGAAAUACAUUCCUAAGGUACCCUGGAUAUAGAAAAUCUUUUGAAAGUACUCAAGACAUAAAAUACCUUCUGCAAGAGGUCUACGCAUAUACAACUUUCUGUAGGGAAAUUUUUAAUAAAAUACCUUGUAAAGGUUCCUUAAACCUGGAGGACUUCAUAUAGAACUUAGAGACAGAUACAAUGUUCUUAUGUGUCUAUAACUGUUUUGGAAAAGUUUUCCACACCGAGACGAAGUGAACUAACACAAAUUUACCACAUAAAGAGUCCAACAGAGUGCCACUAUUUAUUUUAGAAAUUAAAUAUUUCUCAAUAUUUUGUUGCAUUGUGUUGGGAAAACAUAUAUCACACACACACACUCACACACACGGCUCACAUCAACUACAUGCAUGACAAAGCAAAACACUCUUCCAAGACAUAACUCAAGAAUUUCAUUAAAUGUAAAUUAUAAUAAUUAAUUAAAAAAUUAAAACAAAACCAACAAUAAUAAUCAAUAUAAAUAAACUAUUAAUUAAAAAUGUUAAGAAUAUUUGUUUUGUUUUGUUGUUAGAUAUUUUUCCUUAAAUGAAACCCAAUUCCCAGACAACAGCUUUUAGUAACAAAAAAAAUCUUAGCUAAUCGGAUAUUAAACUAUGUUGCUGAAAUAUUAUCGUAAACUAGACCUCUCCAUGGCGGAGAGAUCAGUGGGCCCCAUUAUUUAGGGUCCAUGACAAAAAAAAAAAACAACACACACUAACCCAGUAGAGCUACACACUGACAACGAAUGCUUCUCACAAAUGAUAAAAACAAAAACGAUGCAAUGUUAAUGUAAAGAAGCCGUGCAAACGACAACAACAGCAAAUAAUAGAAAUUAUUAUAAAAAGUACUAAUACUCCAAGGAUAUGUGUUGUACACCAAUACCUACUAUAUAUAUACAUUUGUAUGUGUCAUAUAUUAAAUAAGAAUAUUAUGUGUAUAUCCUCCUAGAUUAAAGGACAUUAAAUAUUUCUAUUUUUCUCUUUUCACUGACUAUCAAAUUGAAUUUGUUUCUUUUUUUUCGGGAAUUGUUGUGGAGAGAACAACUUUAAGUUAUUUUUUAAAAGAAAACCAAGGUAGCAUUAUGAUAUGCGGUUUGUUUUCUUUAUUAAUAAUGUGUCUUUAUAUUGGAAGUUCUACGUGUCAUCUUAUGGAAAGAAUUAUAGGAAGCCUCCUAAAACUUCGCAUCUAAACAGUAGUAUGUUCAGGUUGUAAAAGUAAUAUCAUAACCUCAAAGCCAUUACUUAUUCUUAAAUACAAAGGAAAAAAUGGCAGCAAUAUUUGUGAAAUAAGGUCCCAUUUUUAAAAGAAUAUCAAAAAAUCCUCUUCUAACUUUAAAGGUUAUGUUUAGAGUAUUAGAAGCUCUACCCAUAAAUGACUUCAUAAAAAAUUAUUUUUCUAUAUGACUAUUUGUAUCUACGGAAGAAUGUAUCCGAUGGUCUUCUUUUUGGUAUGGAAGUAUUCUACACAUACAAAUGUGGAUUGAUACUGUUCUUAGAAAGAAUUAAAAAUUAAAUAUAUAUAGGACCACGUUCAUGAUCUUGGAUAUGUUGGUAUCUUUUUCCACAAAUUCCUCCCAAUUCAGUUUUAACUUGAUAUAUCGGUUUAUUUGUCGAAAAAUGUAAAGGAUUUUGAAUGUAGCAGAUAUGGCCAUAAAUCAACAGAAUAUUAAUAAGUAUAUCUUCACAAGAGAACAACAAGGGGUCUUCUAGGCUUCGGGCAAACAUUUUAGCCAUCUGCCUUGAUCCGUGGAAGUAGUAAUCGGUGGAAAAAAAAACAGGUGUAGGUCGUUUUGGAAUGUUAAUGUUAAUCUGGCCCAGAAUAUUCAUAAUAUAAAAGUUCGUUAAACGAUUGUUACGAUGGAUGAAAACGAAACGGAAUGAAAAAAGAUAUAAUGAAUCCAAUACAAAGCAAAGGGGAAAUAACGUUUUGGAUCCCGUUUGAAGAUAGUCUCAUUUACUUUAGAUUCUUUCUUGUUUCAGGAAUGUUGUUCUCUUAUAUAAAUUUGCAAACUAAACUAAAGAAAUAUUAAAUUAAUGUUGUGUCCGCAUUGGGAGGCCAAUUCACCUCUACCUUUGGUACUUCCGACAAAAAUGACCGAAAACUUAAUAAAAUUUCCAAAUUCAGAAUAAGGUAUUACUUUUGUAGCUUUAGGAGAGACCAUUAUGUGAAACUGAUUUUCGGAAUGACCUUUCCUUCACACCUGCUCAGCCUAUAUAUAUAUCCCCCAAACCAAACUAAUCGGUCUUCCCAUGGCUCAAUAAGAAAGGUUGCUCAACUUCAAAGAAACUAGAAAAAUGCAACUCUGUAACGGAGUCUUAUAGUGUCAAAUAGAUUUUUAAAUAUUCAAUAAUUGGUUUUGUUUAUUUUAAUUUUUUUUACAAAAUUUUUAUAUUGGGGAAAAUCCGCGAAACUAGAAUAGUAUUUUGGGAUUUUUCCACAGGAUUAAAUCUAAAAUAAUACAACAAUACAGUUAUUUCCCAAAAUUUUACAAUGUCUUGGGCAUUAACGUCGAAAAUAUGCAUUUAAUUUGCAGCCGAAUUCCAAAUAUUUUCAAAUUGUUGUAUUUUUUAUUUAAAACAAUAAACACAAAAAUGUGUGUAUGUUUUGACAGAAUAAGGGCACCAAAAGAAAAAAAAUUGUCUUUAGGAUAUAGCUUUGUUCUACCUUUGUAAUUAUGCCAUGGGUCUUCCUAGUUGAAAGAGAAAAGACAUAUUUUUUUCAUAGUUUUUCGAUGCAGUUCGUCCGAAAGAAAAUCUUCUCUCCACAAUUAACUCCCAUUAACUUCCCUUCCUUUGACUUUCCACAGCAAAUAUUUAAUGCCCUUACAAUUUUUAAGCUUCUUCUAGAGCUAAAAUCCUAUAUUUUCAAAACAAUUUUUUUACUCUCCACUUAAAGUACAAUAUUUUGAACUAACAUUACAUAUUUACAAAUUUUACAUCUAUCAAUAUUAUUUAAAAAAAAUACACCACAAUUGAACAUCAUUAUCAUCUUUACAAAUCAAACACAAUCAUUAGCCAUCUACCACAUUGUCAUCAUAAUCAUUACUCUCUUUGUUGUUGGCACAGAGAGCAUUUUACAUGCAAGCAUUAAAACAAAUAUAUAUCAGCAACUCUACAUUAACCACAAAAUGAUGAUCAAUCGACAACAUAUUCACACAUCUAUAUACAUAUAUCAAAUUUAUUACAAAUAUACAUACAUUAGAAAAUUCAUAACAAAAAAUAAAAAAAAAUAAUAAUUAAAAAUAAAAAUAAACAAAACCAAAAAAAAAAACUACAACUAAAUCAGGUGUUUGGAAAUCGAUAUACACAUAGCUAUAGCUGUAUAUCAAUUUGAAAAUCGAUCCCUCUCUCUCCCACUUUUUGACCUAUGUUUAGGCUGAGAAUUUGCGUACUUACCGGGUAACUGGUAACUGUGAGCGCGGUAUUGAAUUUCCAAAUGCUUAAUGACAAAUGAAUGAUUGUUUUGAACAUUUUUUUCUGAUAAAUACAUAAAUACAAACAAAACAAAAAAAUAAAAUGAUUAUAUAUAACUAUAUUAUAUAUUACAAUAAACAAACAGAUAUAAAAAUUAUAUAAUUAUGUAUGUACUGUUACAGUGUUGCAGUUUUUUU